GGAGCUGGGAAUUGAAGCUGGUGUGACUGCAGCAACUUACCCACCUGGGCCUCUGCAUCCUCACUUAGCCCAUUACCAUGCACCUCCUCGACUUCACCACUUGCAAAUAGGGGCCCUUCCUCUAAUGGUACCAGACAUGGCGGGCUACCCUCACAUCCGUUACAUUUCAUCGGGAUUGGAUGGAACAUCAUUCAGAGGCCCUUUCAGGGGCAAUUUUGAGGAGCUGAUUCACUUGGAAGAACGAUUAGGCAACGUUAAUCGUGGAGCAACACAGGGAACUAUAGAAAGAUGCACCUAUCCACAUAAAUACAAAAAGAGGAAACUGCACAGCAAACAAGAUGGAGAGGAAGGAACAGAAGAAGACACAGAGGAAAAGUGUACCAUCUGUUUGUCUAUAUUAGAGGAAGGUGAAGAUGUCAGGCGCCUUCCGUGUAUGCACCUUUUCCACCAAGUAUGUGUAGAUCAGUGGUUGAUUACUAACAAGAAGUGCCCCAUUUGCCGGGUGGACAUUGAGGCUCAACUGCCUAGUGAAAGUUGACACCGUUUUUGAGAACUCUUGUCCUCCCUCUCACUCCCUUUCAUCCUUCCUGGUACUGCAGUCAACCAAAGAUGGCAUGACUUACCUGCGCAGAUUUGGAAGCAUUGAACCUAGAGUGCUGGCUCUGCUAUAUGGUACAACUAAUGCUAGACCUACACUUUAUGUAGACAGUUGAAUUUCAGUGUAUUUAUAAAACCUCUUUUUUUGUUCAGAUUCUAUGUUUUUUCUUUUAAUUCAUUACUGUAUUUUUGCAUGGUUCUUUGUAUUGCAUUUGUUUGCACAUAUUAUGGGCUUUGUGAUCCCAAACUUGCAGGCAAGAAUAGCUGCUUUAGUAAGUAGAGUUGUGUGGUCUCUUUUUUUGGUUUGUUUUAUAUAGUAUCGAGCUUUGAAAAUAUGAUUUCACUCAUUACUAACCUCGGAUUCCUUAAUUUAAUCAAUUGUAUUUUACUUUAAUGUAUAAAGAUCAUCUAGAAAAGGAUAAUAUUAUGUAUUGAGACAUUCCUUAAUUAGGAAAAAUGGCUGCUGUAUAUUAA